UCUGAGUUACGAGCGAGCGAGCUUACGCCACCCGCCACUCGGUCGCCCAGCGAGUGGUCAGUUCACGUGGUUAUCUCUCCAGGUCGUGCGUUGGCGCUGUGUAACGACACUUCCUCAAUCAUUUUCCAAACAUUUUGAAAGGGAGGAAGAAACAAACCUCCCUGGACAGGUUUUAAUUGAAACGCCCUGCAAGUGAAAGCGAGGAAAGUGUGGCGAAAAAGGCAAAAGUCAGUGAAGAAGAAGAUUAAGUGAAAAAAAAUAUAUAAAAAAAUAAAAAGUAGCAAUUACGUUUAGCGAUAAAGUGUAGCAUAGUGUGCAAGUUAAAUUUAGCAAUUAAUUGUAGCAUUAAGUGUGUAGCGAGGAAGUUAAGUUAAGCGAUAGAGCACGAAAUGAAAAACUCCGCCAACCUCCUCCACCAGUCUCCUCCACCAGUCUCCUCCCACCUCCGCCAGCAUCUUCGUCUGAUCUUCAAGGAAGUUGGCCAACACAGAUGCGGAAGUUGAAAUUUAGCGCCAACCGAUGAAAAAUGGAUGCACGGAGACUAAAAACAAAAGUAACAGCCGCCUUCAAGAUGCGAGGCUUAAUGUUGCGACCUGAAGCAAGCAAAUAUCUGGUGGAGGUGUUGGAGGCUAUUAGUGAAGAAGUGGAACUGGAGGAUGUCAUUGAGCGGAUCCUGGAUGCAGUGGAAAAACAACCCUUGUCCUCUAGCAUGGUUGAGCUCUCCGUAGCUGAGACUGCUGUGCAGGAUUGCAGUCAGUCAUGUGAUGAAACUAUAGACAACGUUUUUAACAUCAUUGGAGCUUUUGAUGUGCCUAAAUUUAUAUACAGCACAGAAAGGAAGAAAUUUGUCCCUAUUAAUAUGACCAGCCAUUCAGUCCCUAGUGUGUGUGGCCAAGCUAGAGACAAGGCUGAGCUCUUUAGGGAACGCUAUAUCAUCCUACAUCAGCGGAUACAUAGACAUGAACUUUUUACUCCACCAGUGAUUGGUUUGGCUGCAGAUGAAGGGAGAAAUAAAUUCCAGUUAAAGACUGUGGAGGCUCUUUUAGGAAGCACUACAAAACUGGGUGAAGUUAUUGUUCUUGGCAUGAUCACACAGCUUAAAGAGGGGAAGUUUUUUCUUGAAGACUUGACGGGCUCUGUGCAGUUGAACCUUUCCAUGGCACAGUUCCACAGUGGGCUGUACACAGAGUCUUGCUUUGUCUUGGCUGAAGGGUGGUAUGAAGACUCAGUCUUCCAUGUCAGUGCCUUUGGGUUUCCACCAAUUGAGCCCUCCUCCACUACCAGGGCAUAUUUUGGUAAUAUGAAUUUCUUUGGGGGUCCAUCUACCAUUGCUGUGAAAGCCUCCACCAAGCUGAAGCAGCUUGAAGAGGAGAAUGUGGAUGCUAUGUUUGUUAUUAUUUCCGACUUGUGGCUAGACAGUGUGGAGGUCCUGGAGAAGAUCCAGACCAUGUUUUCAGGCUAUUCAACAAUGCCUCCCACCUGCUUUAUUUUCUGUGGGAACUUCUCCUCUGCCCCAUAUGGCAAAAGUCAGAUCAAGUCACUUAAAGAGUCUUUGAAAGCGCUGGCUGAUUUAAUUUGUGAGCAUCCCAGCAUCCACCACAGCAGUCGCUUUGUGUUUGUUCCUGGUCCUGAGGACCCUGGACCCAGCGCCAUCUUGCCCAGGCCUCCCUUGGCUGAACACAUCACUGAAGAAUUUAGACAGCGAGUCCCUUUUUCUGUCUUCACCACAAACCCAUGCAGGAUACAGUACUGCAGUCAGGAGAUAGUGGUCAUCCGAGAAGACCUGGUCAACAAGAUGUGUAGGAACUGCUUGAGACUCCCCAGCUCUAACCUCGACAUCCCAAACCAUUUUGUGAAGACUAUCUUAUCUCAGGGCCAUCUGACUCCACUUCCCCUGUAUGUCAGUCCAGUUUACUGGGCAUAUGAUUAUGCCUUACGUGUCUAUCCUGUUCCUGAUGUUGUUAUCAUUGCUGAUAAAUAUGACCCCUUCAGUAUCUCCAACUCAGACUGCCUCUGCAUCAACCCGGGUUCUUUUCUAAGAAGUGAAUUCUCUUUCAAGGUGUACUAUCCAUCAAACAGAACAGUGGAGGACAGCAAAUUGCAAGGACUUUGAUACUGAACCAUGUGCUGAUUUAUGUAAGGUUGUUUUAUAUAGAAUGUAAAAUAAAUGUAAUGUCUGAUAGUGUAUUUGCUUGUGACUAGAUUGGUAAAUAUUGCAUUGACUGGUUGGAUGGACAUGUUAGCAUUCAUUAUAGCACUAUAAACCACUAUAAUUAACAUAAUUGCAAAUUGUUUUUUGCCACAAAGCAUACAGUAAAAUUUACAUGCAAACCACUUGGAUGUGUUGUGAAUUUACCGAAGCAGACCAGGGGACUCGGAAGCAGGGUUCAGCAGGUUUUAUUUUUUUAUUGGAGAUCAGAACACACUGUGGUGGUACUGUAGUCAUUGAGUCCAGUAAAAAGGAACAUAUGUUACAGUUUUAAAGGCCUUUAGGGGGCAGGCCUUGAAGGUGUGACAAUACAAACGCCUUGAGGUAAUACUCUUAAACAAAACAUUGAAAUCCUCAGAGUCGACCCCCAACUGUGAGCUGGUUCACAGUUCCUGAUAACCAUUGGCUUUGCAUUUCACUUGGUGGUGAGAGCUAGGAUAUAUAAAUGGUUAUUCAAAGAGAAAUGUAUGUUACAGUACAUUCUUGAGUGACCUCAAAAUUUGUUUUCUUACAGAUGCAUACGUGUAUUAUCUGCUGUUAAGAGUGUGGGUGUCUCUAUUUCUAUUUUGCUGUAAUUGACCGUCUAAUAAUAAAAAUGAAAGGUCCUUAUUUUCAUGGCCAUAAAAUUAUUAUAAAAUAAUUGAAAGACUGGGCCAGGUUGCUUACAAAUAAGAGUAUGUUUUAUCAAUUCACAAAACCUUUUCCCCAGUAGUGUUCUGGAGUGUUAAGGUGGUCUCUGGCAAUCUUCAGGCAUUCCACAGCCAUGGAUACCAAUGCCUGUUUAAUGUCUUACAGAGAUUUUAACCAGUUCCUAUGAUUUCUUAAAGUCUUUAGCUUUUCUUAAAGACAGCUCUUUGAGAACUUCUGAGAGCUCUUUUCCUGCAAGGCAUUGUCCACAUUAGAAGAUGCUUCUUGUGAAUGCAAACUCAAAAUAUUUUAUUGCUUUAGUAGCUCUAACCCAUACCUCCAAUCUUGUUUCAUUAAUUGGAUGCCAGGUUUGCUCAUUUCCAACUCCUGAUUAGCUUUUGAUAAGGCCUAAGGUUUCCAACGUAUAUACUAUGAAUAUUUAAAUGAUAUAUUCAGUAUGUACCAGAAGAAUUUUACCAAUUUGUGGAUUAAUCUUUAAAACUAUUUUUUGUUCAUUACUAUUAUUAAAACUAUUUUUUGUUCCUUACUUUAUUUAUGUAUAUAUAUAUUCAUAUAAUGCUGGUUUGAUCUUCAUCCAAGUUUACAUACUUUUUCUUGCCACUGUAUUAGACAGCAAGUGAAAGUGCGAGUAAUGUAAGGAUCUAAGUGAUUCUGGUAUGUUCGUAGUUAAUUUUGCUAUAGUAUUAAAUAAAAAAUUUAGGUUAUUUUUGUUAGAUUCAAUUAGGGUUGAAAGAUAUGCUGAUCUAGCAGUACUAAAAGUUUUUGUAGCUCAGGAGGCAUUUCUUCCAUGCUAAUUGAAAUAUUCUGGGAGACUAUUGAUAAACCUUUCAGCAGUAGCAGACAAAUUAAGUAGAAUUAGAAGCUUUUAUUACUGCACAUACAUACAUUACAGCACAGUGGAAUUCUUAUCUUAAUAUAUUCCAGUUUUGAAGGUUGGGGUCAGGGUGCAGGGCCAGCUAUGAUUCAGCACCGCUGGGGCAGAGAUGGUUUGGGUCAGGGACCUAAUAGCAGCAGCUUGGUGGUGCUGACGUUUAAACCCCAACUUUUUGAUCAACAACCCAGCUCUUUAACCACUUGAGCCACCACUGCCCCUAAAUAUGUUUAACACAGUAACGUGACAAAGUACAUAUAUAUCAUGUCUAAGACAUAUUAUUAAAUAGAUGAAAUAAUGGUCUGGGAAGGCUUCAGACUGUGGUAAUUAGUACUGGCCCUGACUGACUCACCGAUUCAACUGACUCAGUUAAAUGAUCCGAUUCCGCAUAUUAACUCAUGUUUCAUGAGUCCGAGGUCUAAAUUAACCCGAUUCUUAUUUGUCCUGUAUAUAGUAUAUAUUGUCCUAUGUAUAUAGUUAUACAGUGAAACCUUGACUUACGAGUUUUUCGAGAUACGAGCCGUUGCUCGGUCGAUUUUUUUGCUUUAAGAUACGAGCCGAGAUCUGAGUUACGAGCGAGCGAGCUUACGCCACCCGCCACUCGGUCGCCCAGCGAGUGGUCAGUUCACGUGGUUAUCUCUCCAGGUCGUGCGUUGGCGCUGUGUAACGACACUUCCUCAAUCAUUUUCCAAACAUUUUGAAAGGGAGGAAGAAACAAACCUCCCUGGACAGGUUUUAAUUGAAACGCCCUGCAAGUGAAAGCGAGGAAAGUGUGGCGAAAAAGGCAAAAGUCAGUGAAGAAGAAGAUUAAGUGAA